AUGAGUGACCUCUGCAGUGGUUUUGAACCACAAAAUUAUCUCAAGGACAGAUGUAAAAAAUGUUUUCGUACCAAGGAUAAACACACUGAGGAAACAUUGGUGACGUUACCAGCGACCAAUAAAAAGGAGAGAAGGAGAAGCUGGAAAGUGAACAAUUUGGACAACGGGGGUCCUGAUGAUGAUGACACGGAAGCACUAUCAGUCUCGUCCUAUUUAUCGGCCACUUCCAAAGGAAUGUCAUCAACGAAAUCAUGCGAAAGUGUGAACGAUACGAAAAGCAUGGUGACAGCGUUCAGUAGUAGCAUUUGUGAGGAAGAGCGAGCUGUAACACCGACAGAAAAUGAGACGGAAUAUGUGCAAUCGCUCAAGGAAGAGAUUUCGCAGCUCCGAGACAUUAAUCACAGUCUGAAGGAGGAAAAAGCUCAAUGGGUUUUACGUCAAAGACUGCAAGAUGUUGAGGGAAAUGAGUCGUCUUUGAUUGCGAUGCUUCAGGAAAGACUCAACCAAGCCGAAAAUCAAAUUCAAGAUUAUCGUGAUGAGAACACUGUUUUAAAAUGUGAACUCAGAGAGCUCCAGGAGACGACAUAUUCAACGUCCGAUGAAAAACUUCGCGAAAAAAUCAAAACCACUGAAGGUCUUUGCGAUGAGCUCAUGGAAGAAAAUGAGCAGCUGAAAGCGGAAAUCAAGGACUUACAACAAGAAAUUGAGGAAAUGCAGGAUCAAUAUCGUGAAGAAGAGAUUGAGGAAUUCCGCGAGCUUCAACGAGAGCUAGAAUUAAAUGCCAAAAAUUGUCGCGUUCUUCAAUUCAAAUUAAGAAAGACUGAACGACAAAGAGAUCAAGCCGAAGCCGAAAAAGUUCACGCUCAACAAAAACUUGAGGAACUCAUUAAUGAAAAUCCAGAAACCUUAGCUACUAGCAUUCGAUCGGAUUCAGCAAGGGUAAAGGAACUGGAAUCGGAGAUUCGAAUUGCCAAAGAGGUGUCUGUUCGCUUGCAUUCGGAGCUUGAGCAGACUGAGGAAAAACGGUGCAUACUCGAAGACGAAGUAUUCUAUUUGAAGGAGAAAGUGCGGGAAAUUCAGACGCAGAAUAAGUGGAGAGAAGCGCGAAACAAAACCGACAUCGCGGUGAAACGAUUGUCGGCCGAACUCGCUGCUUCUGCUCCAAACAUCAGCGAAACUGAAAUGAGCAAGGAAUUGCGAGAUGCUCUUGAGCGUGAAAUAGAUGCUCGCGAACAAUUGCGAUAUGCUGAAGAAGAUUUGAAGAGAACGCAACUUCGCCUUCAAGAUGUCGAAAAUGAGAACGAUGAGCUGAUGAAGAAGCUGUCAAAAGCUAUUAAACUUCGUCCACCAAUGAUACGAUCAGCUAGGUUGGUCACCGACGAUGGAAAUGCGCAUUUACAAUUGGAGUUGGCCGAGAGUCAAGUUCAGCAUUUGACCACGAAAGUCGAGCGAUUGGAAAAGACCAACGACCAUCUGAGCAAAAAAAUCGCCGAAUUGGAAUCCGGUUGCAGGCGUGGUGGGGUGACAUCACCGCAUUCCAACGCUGGCGAAUUCAAACUAACACCCGAAAUAGAGAAGGACAUGUCGAAAAUGAUUUCGACUAUUAGUGAUCUUGAAAGAAAAAAUCUCGAAUUGACUACUCAAUUGAAACAAUUAGAAUCGAAGAAUACUAAACCAAAUUAUAUAGUGCCAUCGGGAACAACGACAAUCGAACUUCGAAAUGAGCAGGAAAAACGUAAAGCCUUAGAAUCACAAGUUUGCGAGUUGAAAGCAACAAUUCUUAAAUCCGAUAAUCAAAAAAUUAUUACAUUGGCAUCAAAGAUCGAACAGUUGAAUGCCCAACUUCUUAUGGUUAACGAGAGAUGUGCCAACCUUCACAAAAAACAAAUCAAGGAUGGCGAAAAUGUUCAAUAUGCGGACGAGCUGAAGAGAAAAAUUGAGGCCCUUGAAAAGCAACUUAGCGAGAAAAUAGCAAGUGACACAGUUAAUGAGCUUCAAGGAAAAGUUCCUACUAGUGAUGAAAUCGAGCAAUGUUGCGAAGUUUUGGCUGCUGUUGAAACUCAAACAAGCCGUUUAUGCAAGCAAUUCGAAAAAAUCGAUCACGCGCAAAAGGAUGAGAGACGUCGAUCGUUGUCGAAAGACAGUGGAGCUGCAAUUAUUGCUGAGCUCGCCAAUGUGAUGCAAGAAAUGAAAUCGGUUCAUCACAAAUUGGAUAGCAUAAAGGCAGUAACUCCAGGACAGUCUAUAAAGAUAAUUGCUAGUUCGGAAAAUUUGAGUGAUGUGAAAUGCAAAAAAUGCGCGCAGAAUGAACAGAUAAAUGAGGAACAGCAAAAUGAGAUAACGUUUUACAAAAAGAAAAAUAAAGAUUUGACCAAUCAAGUACUUCAAACUGAAGAUCGUUGGACGAUUGAAAUUGAAAAGCAACGACAGAUUUUCGAGAAUGAGAUUAAAACUCUUGGAUUACGGGUUGCCGAUGCGAAAAGACAAAACGAUGAGCUCUCGGAGCUUUUGGAAUCCAAAUCGACGACUCUAAUUGAAAAAACACGAACACUUGAAGAGCAAGAAGAGCGAAACAAAAGAUUAAAAGCUGAAGUUGAAUCACUCAAAAAGGAAAUGCAGGAAAUUGAAACUGAUAAGAAAUGCGUCAAGGAAUUCGAAAUCAAGUAUAACAAACUCGAAAGCAUAUUCGAAGCUGAGCGCGAGAAAAUGAAUACGGAACGAAGUCGCACCAAAAACGAGUUGACAGCAAUGAAGAAAAUUAAAGAUGAUACCGAGGAGCAUCUGAACAAGAUUAAUGAAGAGCACAAGAAAGCCGAGUCGAUUUGGCUGAGAGAAAAAGCGCAGCUUGAGAAGGAAAUUGCGCUGUUGAAAAAACAGCUUCCGGACCAAUCUGAACCGGUUGAGCACGCAAGCGUUGAUGGCCCAGAAGGAGAUAAUAUUCGGCCAGUUCGUCGUCAUGAUAGCGAGAAAAUGAUUGUGUUUGAACUUAAGAAGAACAUUGCUGUUCUUGAAAGACGAAUUGCUGAAACUGAUAGUGCGUUGGCAGAUUGUCGAAUUCAAAAUGCCGAGUUGAAAGAUCAAUUGAACAAAACUCAGACAGCAUGGCUAAAAGAAAAAGAAGCAUUCCAGCAUAAAGCUAGACAAACAGAAAAGCUUCGCACUGUUGAAAUUGAUGCAAUGCAGCAGAAAUUCAGCAGUCGAAUGAGAAUAAUGGAAGAUACGAAUAAGUCGCUACAUUCGCAACUUGUUCUUGCUCGCCGUGAAAGAGAUGCUCAUAAGGAAGCAUUAUCCAACUUUGAAAAGACUGUGGGCGAAGAGCGCACCAAUUUCAAAAUACGUGAAAAGACCGCCAACGAGAGUGCUGACAAAAUUAAAGAUCUGCAAAACAAGCUAGCGCAAAAAGAAGAGGAAAUGGAAAGAUUGAAUACCGAUUUGAGGUUGACAAAGGAGGCAAGAAAAGCUGACCAAAUUCUGUGGAAUAUUGACAGAGCAAGAGGUCGAAAUGAGAAGAUUGAUAAUACUGACAAUGUGGAAACUAUUCGGAAGCAAUACCGCGACUGUGAAGCAUUCUACUCAAAGGAGCUUGAUCGAUUGAACGAUAAAAUCACAGAGAUUACCGCCGAAAAGAAUCGUCAAAAGAAUGAAGCUUCAAAAACUAUUCGGGAGCUUCGCGAACAGAUUCGUGUAUUAGAAAUUGAGCAGAAAAAUCUGGCUCAGAGCAAAGAUACUCAGCAAGUAGCCAAAGAGAUGAUUGAAUCAGAACGGGAAAGAUUGCAACAGCAAGUUCAUCUCAAUGAACUUCAAAAGUUAACCAGAAAAUAUCGAUUAAGCAGUAUUAUUGAUCAGCUCGCUUAUGUGAGUGAAACGACCCGAAAAAUAUCAAGAGAUGCUGAACCAGAUGGCAUUCGCUACAUUAUCAAUCAACUGACAGCACUUCGAGACGACGAAACAGCCAACAAUUUGAAUUCUGAUGAGAGAGCAGGAUCGGUGCUCGGCGAUAGAAUUUCCAAUGGCUAUGCUCCAUCAAUUUCGGAAUGCGGCGAAGGCACAUAUGACAACAUAAGUCAAUCGUCGUUCUCAAUUCGUUCGGUGACAAGUGCACCACUGCGACAUGCUUAUAGAAAUGCUAACCAUCCCCUGCCAACUGUUGCCUCUAUUUCCACCACUGUCAGCGAAUCCGAACCACAUUAUAGUCGACCAGAUAAAUCGCACCAUGUUAAUCAACAAAGCGCAACAUACGCCGGUAAAAGGUCAUUCAGCACUGAAAGCUCUAGUGGUUUUGACCGGUACGGAAGACCAAUUCGAAGGAACGGAACAUCUUCAAAAACCUUACAUGUUCCUGGAAAACAGCCAAACAAUGAUUUCGGAAUGAUACGGGCUUCCUCGUUUGACAAUCGUAGCCAAUAUAGUGAAGACGAAACAGAAGAUGGUUCGAGAUCGCGACCAAACAGCACAGGUGCUAAUAUUUUAUAUCGAGUUCGUCGAGAGGAGCUCGCUAGAGGAGGCCAACCAUCAGUGAAGCUAAUGGCCAAGGCGUUCGAAUCUGCCGAUGAGCCGAAAAGAGACAAGCGGGGAUUCUUUGGAAUCCGAAAGUCGCGAUCCGUUGAGACAACGCAAAAUGGAAGCAAUAGUCGAUUUGAAGAAGCAGCAAAUACGGCUUUACUUCAUAGUUUGGCUCAAGUUGAAGAAGGUGUUUCAACCAACUAUGCAACUCUACCAAGGGGUGGACGGAAUCCAUUCAAAAAUAUGGGGUCGAGACUAGUUGAACGGGUUAGAAGAAGUUUGUCGAGAUCUAGCCGACAAUCAAAGGACUCAGAUAGAGAAGAUGAAGUUGAAGUCACUGUUUACAAAAAGAUUGAGAAACCAAUUUCGUCGCCUAAGAAAACAAAGAAAAAAUCUGCCGAAUCAAAAGCGCGUAAAAACUCGAACAAUCUUGCUCCAUAA